UCAUCUGGCAAGGCAGUGGGCUCCGAGUCAACAGGCACGACAGUGGGCACCGGGUCAUCAGGUACUGGAUUGUCUGGCUCGACAGCGGGCAUCGGGUCACCAGGCAUCAGGUCAUUUGGCUUGCCAGCGGGCACCGCAUCAUCUGGCAAGGCAGUGGGCACCGGGUCACCAGGCAUUGGAUCGUCUGGCUCGACAGCGGGCAUCGGGUCACCAGGCAUCAGGUCAUUUGGCUCGCCAGCGGGCACCGCGUCAUCUGGCAAGGCAGUGGGCACCGAGUCACCAGGUACGACAGCGGGC